AUGGUGGCGUGCGGCGUCCUACGAACCCGUCGUCGAACGGGCCAGAUCGGUGAGCUCUCGAUCGGUAGGCCGCGCACGGCGUCGUCGACAGACCGCCGCAUCUCGAGGGCUACUCCGAGUCCUCUCAGGUCGGCCUGCCGAGCUCUUCUGGCGAUCGCCGCCCGUCUGGAAAACUCGCCAGCACCGACCGUCAAAUUUUUCAUAGCGAUCGACGAGGCGCGCGUCUUCGCUCCCCGAGUGAACAACUCUACCGCCACACGCUCCGUGUAUCAAAACCUGGGCACGGUAUCAUCGUGGCUCAACGCCGACCCCGACUACAGGAACAAGCCGCGCCCAAGCCCCUCCCUCCCGUCACAGAGCUGCCCCUUGACGCCUUCGCAACCGGUACAUACAGCGAGCUCAGCGCGAACGGCCCGCUCUCCCUCGACUCGGUGUGUGUCAUCGGUGUCAUCGCCAAGUUUGGCCGACCACUGUGAGGCCCCCCACCCCCGCGCCCACCGAUGUCCCAUUCACGGACCCCUCAUUCCAGGUGACACUCCCUCUACAAAACUGCCUGCAACACACGCGACGACAUCAUCGCGCGAGCACUUUAUGCACACGGGGACGCCGUCGGACCCCAUCCUCGCAGAGGCCGCCGCACGGAUGCUCAACAAACACCGAUCGCUCGGGCCCGCAACGCUUCCCGAAGCCUUUCGGUGCGGCUAUCUCGCGCGUGGCGACCGCGACCGCGACCGCGGGGAAACGGUCACCCGCCUCCUGCGGACCAUCGCGCACGACAGGGCCACCGAGGCGCUGUACGGCAUGCGCAGGUCGGAGCGCCACCACCUCCGCUUCCACAGGCCCGUCUCCGUGCUCGCCUUUCUCAAGUCCCCACCACGCGUCCAUCCCGCACGCGACACCCGUCGGUGA